AUGCUGUACGAGGAGAGCCGUAACAAAGGAGUCAGGCUGAAGCUCAAGGAUUUCGAAUGGUGGCUUAAAUGCACCGAUUCAUUGCUCGAAUGCGACUGUGUGAGACACAUCGUCGAUACAUACCUCAUCUGGUUAUUGAACGACAUACACGAAAAGGCCAGCGCCGCUGCAGUCGAUACAUCAGAGACCUUUCAGAAGUUAAGUUCACAACUGAAAAUAUGGCUGGAGGAAGAAUGCGACAUGGAAAAUCACACAUACUGGAUCAGGGAAACACUCAGAGAUUGUAUGAGUGCAACAGAUAUGUAUGACAAAGCAGAUGUGCUCGACCAUUAUUAUGAGGCCUGCGAGUGUAUUCACCCAAGCGACGAGGACGAGGACGAGGACGAGGGCUGA